CUUACGCAACGAACUUUCCGUCGAAAAACGAAAGAAGAAGUUGACGUCGAUCGAGAAUAUUUGUUUUACGAUGUUAUUGGAGUUUUUAUAUAAAAAUGGACUCAAAAUAUACAUAUUUUUCAUUAUAUAAUUUUUUUUAUAUUUUUCCCCAUUGAAAAUAGUCUCUUCAGCGCUUUUUAGAAAAGAAAACCACAACACGCUUUACAAGAUGUUCCAUGACACUGAACGAGGAAUCAUGGCGUCAACAUCCUCGAUGUCUGGAAAUUCAAACGUCCAUAAACAAUUACGCGUGGAGACAGAGAGGACCCCAGAUAAAAAUUCCAAGAAAGAUUCAACAGAGCGUGAAAAAACCCCUGAACCGUCCACGUCGAGUGUGUCACCGAGUGGUAAACAAGACUCUUCAGAAAGAAAAAGGAAAUUCGAACCUAGCGAGGCAGACAUAAAAGCAUACAAACACAAAAGGGAAAAACAAGAAGAGGAAAGAUUGAAAAUGCAAGUGUUGGUGUCAAACUUUACAGAGGAGCAGCUGAACAGAUAUGAAAUGUUCCGUCGAGCAGCCUUUCCAAGGGCAGCAAUCAAAAGAUUGAUGCAGUCCAUAACUAGGACCAGCGUGUCCCAUAACGUGGUUAUUGCUAUGGCUGGCAUAGCAAAAGUUUUUGUUGGUGAAGUCGUGGAAGAAGGUAAGCAUGAUAUUAAAGAUAUUUUGCUUCUCUUAAGACAUAACUGUGUGUGUUUGGGAAGGGGGGAUGUCGACAUGGUUGUUAAACACUUUUAUCAGGUCCCAUCAGCCUUUAGAUGGAGUAUUUGCAAUUCCUUUAUGAUGAAAAAUUCACGUGGAAUGUUUACGGGCCCAACACUGAAGAAUUGACCCCUUUUACGUAUUCUCAUAUAGGGGAGAUUUAAAUUUGUUCAGGCCGUGACCAUCUGGGUAGGCAGGGCUACAUUAGGAGUAUACAGUUUUACAGAGAGAGGGAGAGAGGAUCUCCUCUUCUCAAGAACCACAAGGAUACUUCAUGUCAAUUUUGAUAUGCAAAUAUCCUAUUGUACUGUGGUGUAGAAGUAAGUUAUCUAUAUUCUCAACAUGACCCCUGGGCCAUAGCAGGACCUCAAUUAUGUGCUUUUAAAAUUCCUGCACAAACUUGUAAUUAAAACACCAUAUAGGGGUGUAUUCUGCAUGAAAACGAUAUUGACUUCACAUAAGUGCUUUGUUUUAAUUUUUCAAAGCAAAAUAUUUAAUGAAAUACCCACAACUCACAAAAAUAAAUAAUUCUGGAUUGAUCUUGAUUUAAUUCAAAGUUGAUAUUCACCAACAGCACACCUUUUGAUCCGAAAAAUCUCUCGUGCAAAAUUUAUUUGUAUUGAUAGAUUUUGAUAGGUUGCAGUCACUUUGUGGAUUGAAGGUCAUGUUUUACAUGAAUUCUAUGACUAAAUUUGAAAAAAGUGGUAAUCUCUUCAGAAAACCAGACCGAUACCGGUUUUGUCUCGUAUAGAAUUCCACAAGCUGACGUUUUGGUGGGGAAAUCUUGGCACGUCGCGAUGGUAUAAAGAUUUAAUUUAUCAAAUAAUAACAAUUUUAUUUCAAUUUAUUCUACUUUAUUUUUAAACACACCACAGGGCUGAUAUAGCUAAACAUGGUCUUAGUCCUUUUUUCAUGGGAAUGAAUUGUAAAAUUCUUUGAAAAUCUUUUUCACAAGAAUUAUAAGGUACGUAUGUAACAUCGAUAUGUUUCCAUUUUCAUGUUCAGCGUUUGAUUUAAUGCAACUGCACAGGUGAGCUAUAAGGCUCAUGGAUAUCUUGAUAUGAUAGGGGGAGGGGGUGGUCUGACAAAAAUCCAAUAGGCCCUAGACAGACUCCAUUUGAUGAGAUGUGGAAUAGAUAUUUUCAUAAACCUUUAUUAGUAAAAAGGACAUGUACUCUACUAGAUCAAAUUCAUAUAUAUGUAUGCGCAAAAAGUCAGUGAAAUUUGCACAUUUCUCUCUUUUGUAGCUUUUAUUGUCACAAACCAAUCAUUUAUAUCUGAACUACUAUUGCAUUGAACAUGAAAACAAAUGUAGUUGCAAAUAAAAUGUGUUUCGUUUUCAAGAAAAUAAAUACACAGAAAAAUGAAGGCAUAACUUGUCCUCUUCAUUUGUUUGAUAACUAUUUAAUUAUUUUGUAUAUUGUUAUCUGAAUUAUUUUCAUCCCCUCACAACAAGGCUACCAUUCAUGUUUGUAUGUGUGUGUGUGUUACAAUUUACAUGUAGGUAUGUUGUAUGUUAUUUUGUGAGUGAGUGAUUGAGUUACCAUGUGGACAAAAUUUUCAGAAAAUUGUAGGGAGUCAUCAGAAUUUGUGUACUUGUUCCCACUGAAGGGAAUUCCUCCUUUGUGCAGGAUUCAAAUGAAGUAGUAGAACUGGGAGUCAUAAAAGUUUGCAUACUUAUUCCUCCUCAUGGUGAUUUCACAAACUCUAUCAAUUUUUAGGGUCAAAGGUCAAGGUUAUUUAUGGAAUUCCUUGAAAUACAUGUGAGCAAGUUUCAGAUAAAUCUACAGAUUUGAGUUAUCAAACUUGCAUACUUGUUUCCCACAGUGGGUUUUUAAACAAUAGUUUAUUUUCAGGGCCAGGGGUUUAUGUUCAAAGCUUCUGAAUGGAUAUAUUUAUUUGGGUCAUGAUAUCAUCUAUGAUGAUUUAAUUCUGUGAUAAAUGAGUGUGACUAUACUUUUUCGCAAGGGAAUUUUUCAUUUAUUGAUGCUCAUUUUUAAAUAGAUGUACAUGUAUAUCUAAGUACAUGUAUAUGGUUUAAUGAUUGCAUGAAGGUCAUGUAAUAAUAUUAUAUAAAAUUUCAAAUAUACAGUACAUGUUUAUAUGGUAUAAAUUAUUUGUAGCACUGGACAUCAUGGAGAAGUGGAAGGAGACUGGUCCAAUACAGCCAAAACAUCUACGAGAAGCUGUGCGCAGAAUUAGGAAAAGAGACAGUCUUUCCAAGCCAAAGAAAGUUUUACUGAACACGUGAAUACUUGAUGGUUGGAGAAUGGAAAUCGUUCAGAGGAUCUGGUGUUGUACUCUUCAUUCAUUUCACGUGUGUCUGUCUGAUUGUUAGACAAGACAGCACUGUUGUAUCAAUCUGAAUGACUCGUAUUUAAUGCCAUGUCAUCCUGACAAUGCUUUAGAGACUGUGUUUGUCGUCUGUAAUAUCUGUACUGAUACUGUGGCCAGUUCUGGGUGAGUGUUGAUCAGGUGUAGAACCGUGUACAUGUAAAAUACUUUAUAAGUGUGGGAUCAGGAACCAAAACUACAAAGUAUUUGAUUGGAAAUUAUCUUUAUUUUUUUUAUUGUUCUAAGUUCAUUAUGUCAAGCACACACAAACUGAAUUUGGAGAAUAUGUAUAUAUUUUUAUAAGCAUGUUUUCAAAUUACAUGUAUAAACAAAAAAAGGUGAAAUGGAUUUAUUAUGAUUUUAAGACAGUUCAAGGGAAAGUGUAUUUCUGUAUAAUUUUACAGAGCAGAUAACUCUUGAAACCUAGUUUGCAUUUUAUAUCUUGUAUUAAAAUCAAAUUUACAUGGAU